GGCACGGUGAUCGUGGAGCGCUGCUGGCCGGUGCCGCUGGCCCGGGCCGGGGCCUCUCCCCGGCUGCACCCGCGGCGGCACCGCGUGUACCGACUGCUGCAGGACGGCAAACACCGGCCCCGGGAGAGCAUGGAGCUGCUGCUGACCCGGGCUGUGGAGGAUUUGGGGAGCCGUGGGGACGUGGUGAACGUGGACAAACGUCUGGGGAGGAACAAACUCCUUCCCCAGGGCCUGGCCCUGUACCCGACCCCGGAAAAUCUCCGCAUCUUCCAGGAGGAGAAAAAGCUCCAGCAGCAGGGGAAGCUGGAGGAGCGCCAGACCCAGAGCGGGGAGAAGACCCUAAAAUUCCUGCGGGGCUGUCGCCUCGAGGUGGGGAUGAAGAACAACGUCCAGUGGGAGCUCAACCCCGAGAUCGUGGCCCGGCACUUCCUCAAGAACGUGAGCGGGGUUUUGGGGUUUUU